CUACUAUAAACCCUAUGUCCACACAUGAAAACCAGAGUAGGAAGGAAAGACACAAGGCUUCGGUCUUGAUCACCAGUGACCAGGAGUUUGCCAUAGGGAAGUGGCAAGGGUGUACAUCUUCUAUUGAGACGGUAGGGGGUUAUCUUGUUGAAAAAUGGGGUGAAGCUCAAGAUGAGUUAAAAGAGCAAUCAUUAAAAGAAGCCAUUGAAAUUGGAGCAGAAGAGUACAGAUAUCCAAUUCUGUUUGAUAAGGUUGUCAAAGAUAGAAAUAUUGGCAUUAAAGGAGUUGCAAAUAUCAAAUUAUCAAAUACUGAUUGCACCUUGAUACCCUCACAUUUCAGCGAGAUCAAAGAAGAUGAUUUUAUCAGCAAAAUAUGUCUCAUUAAUCUUGCCAUUGUAAUUAUUUCAGCCAGGAACCAAGAAUUUAGCAAAAUUAGACCAAAUUUGGAUCACUAUAAGACGAUCUUCAACUAUCUGAUAAGCUUUAGAGUGCCCAGAGUCAUUAUUGUCAUUGGCAACAUUAAUGAAGAGGAGCUUGACUCAGAAAAGACAACAUGAACGAGCAAUGAAAAAUAUCAAAAUGUCAAGCAACUGAUCGGAAAAUUAGCGAAGGAAAGAGGAUUACUUGAGAUAAAUACAUGCUUCAUUCCGAUUAAUUCAGUAACAGGAGAGAAUAUCUGAGAGGAAUCUAAGAACAUGGAGUGGUAUCAAGGUCCAUCUCUAUCUGAAGCUAUUGAGAAUAUGAAUGUAUUCAAUCGUUCUGAAGAAGAUUGAAAAAUUGCAGUAUUGAGUUCAUUUCAAACUCAAGAUGAAGUAACCUUUGCUGAAGUCAAAGUUCUUUAUGGAAGCAUCAAAACAAAUACUUAUGUGUAUGGGUGUAAGCUAGAUAAAACUAAAGUUCAUGAAAUCUUUCAAUCAGGAGAAGAGAUCCAUGAAGCAAAGGCUGGAGACUAUGUUACUUUAAAUAUUGGUAUGACUCCACUUAAGGUAAUAAAGCCAGAGAAAAUUCUUUCUUGUAAGCAAGUAGACUCCUGAAGUGAUAUUUUUACAACUUGUCUUUUUGUUAGAAUUUUAUUCUGAUACCCUGAUGAUCCGAGCCAUGAGAUAUCGAUAUCUUCUGGAUUUCAAUGAAAGCUGUCAAUUGGUAGAUCUAAAACGAUUUGAAAAAUCUCUGAGAUUAUUAACAAAAUGGAUUGUAAAACAAGAAGUGUGUUGGAAAUUAACCCGAAAAGAGUUAUUCCUGGAAACCUAAGCCAGGUAAGAAUAUCUCCUGGCAAACCUAUUGUGUGCCAUAUACCAUCUCGACUUUCAAGAUUCUGAUUAACUGCCAAAAGAUUCUACGCUACUGGUAUUAUACAAUUUGCUGAAUAA